AUGCCAUUGACUUCUACAGAAUCAUUAUCAUUAAUUAGUUUAGAUUCAUCUAAAUCAUCUAAUUUAUGUAUAUCAGUGGAUAUACCAUCAUCACCAAAGGAAUCUAUCAAAUCAUCAUCAUGUAAUAAUUCACCUACAUUUAACAUAGCUGACAUUUUAUCAACACAUUAUGAAAGAGACGAAUUCAAUGAACAAAUUGAUGUGAAUAAACAAACUUUUAAUGUGAAUAAAAACUGUCAUAUUGCUCAAAUGAAUACAAAUGAUACACUAUUAAAUAAUGAUUCCUUUACUAAAUCUGCUAUUUCAAUGGAAAUACAAUGUAUUUCAAAAAAUAAACUUAAAGCAAAUGGUUGGUCUACUAAAACCUGUCAUUAUCCUUAUUUGGAUUUGGAUUCAAUAAAUUAUCAUUGUAAUCUAGAACAAGAAACUUCGCAAUACAAUCUGUUGAAUACAAAUGGUAUUCAUCAGAAUAGUGAUGAUAUUUCUACAAUCUUAACUAAUCAUUCCUAUAUAAAAAGUAAUCUAUCACCAAUAAAUGAUUCAUGCAUAUCGAAUGAAAUAUCACCUACACAAAAUAGUAAUCAUAGUAACAAUAACAAAAAUGAUGAUAAUGAGGACGAUGACGAUGAUGAUGUUGGUGAUGUUGAUCAAUACUUACCGUCAAUAAUAGAUAAACAAAAAUCAUUAUUUGUCAGUAUUGGUGUACAAACUGAUGAUCAGCUCAUUUUAAAGUGUUGCAAUAAAGAAAUAUUAUCAAAUGACAAUUUAUCUAAUAUUUCUUAUUUCUGUGAUAAAAAUGAUACCAAUAUUACUUAUAAUGAUACUACUACUAAUAAUAAUGUAGAGAGUUUGAUUGAUGCAAUCAGAUGUGUUUAUGCUGAAAUGAAAAUUGAACAAGCUGAAAUGAUCAUCAAUAAUUUGAUUGAAAAAUUUGCUGAACCAUCUGAUAUGUAUACCUCUGUAGAGAAUCUUCCUAAUGAUAAUUUAUUAUUUUGUAAUAUUCAUAAUAAUAAUAAUACUAAUAAUAGUAAUGGUGACAAUAAAAAGUCAUUGCCAAAUGAAAAAUCAUUAUCUAAUCCUUCUCAUACAUCAGUAUCAUUAUUUUCACCUAUUUUUAAAUUACUUUUAACUCAAUCAGAAUCGCAGAUAUUUCCUGAUUUGUAUAAAUUAAGUCCUUCAGGACGUAAAUUAUUGGAUUUAUGUCAUCGACUUGCAUUUGAUAUUAGACGAACUAAAAAUAAGCUACGUAUAUUGCAAAAAAUGCGAACCAGACAAUCGAAUCAACAACAUUAUAAUGUACGUAUUACUUCUACUAAUCCGAACACAACACCACCACCACCAACAACAGAUACUGCCAAUAUUAGUACACACAAUACAACAAACAAUGUUCUAUCUAAUUUUCAAAAAUUUUUAAACCUUGACAAAUCGGAUUCAUUGAAUAAUUCAAAAAAGAUAUCUCAAGAUAAUCGUCGUAAUGCUUUCAUUCAUUAUUUACAUGAUAUAAGCAGAAAUUAUGAAAUACCCACAUCCACAUUAACAACUACAACUACAACGAUUUCGAAUCAUAACGAUCCUGGUCAAUUUCAGCAACUUUGUAAAGAUCCACAACUACUGACACAUCAUUACUGUGAAGAUAAUAAUAAUAAUAAUAGUGAGAAUCAGUCAGAAAAAUAUGGAAACUAUUUAGAACAAGUCAUAACAUCGAACAGUAUGAAUCCUACUACUCCUACUACUAAUAAUAAUAUUAAUCAUCACUGUACAGCACCAACCUAUACAAAUCCAUUAAAUUGUCCACUAUCCUUAUUAUCUUUUGUAAGUAAUUUAAAUAAAGUUAGUAAUAUGGAAAAAAUAAUCGAUGAUGAUGAUAGCGAGAAUAAAAAUGAGGGCGAAGAGACAGAAGUUAAAGGUGAACGACGCCAAAGACGACCACGGAAAAAACGACAAUGUCGGCGACAACAAUCGAAACAGAAGAAUCAACAACAACACCAUUAUCAACAUCGACAGCGGAAAAAGUUACAAGUCAACGAGAAAUUUCGACAGAAUAAACAAAAAUUCUCAUCUUUAUCUAAUAACGAUGGAAAUAACCAUAAUGGUAAAAAAAGAGAUUAUGAGACUUUAUCAAUUCCAUUCUCCUCGUUUGUAUCGUCAUUGUCGUCUUUGUCACCAUCAUUGCCAUCAAUAUCAUUAUCUACAACCAAUAAUAAUAAUAAUAAUAAUAAUAAUAAUAAUAAUAAUAAUAAUAAUAAUAAUAAUAGUAAUAAUAAUAGUAAUAAUAAUAGUAGUUUAAACUUGAAACAUGAUCGAAUCACAAAUUGCACUGGGAUUUAUAAUGUUAAUAUGGCAAAUGUAUCUACAAUGUCUAUCAAUGAUUUAACAACUAAUAAAUCAAAUACUAAUGACUUACCAUCUAAAUUACCAUCAUCAAUAUGUUCAGCUAAUUAUUCAAAUAAUUAUCAUCCUGUAGAACCAUCAUGUUCACUUAAUGUUCCCGCAUUAUCACCAUCUACAUUAUCUUCAUUAUGUUCUACAAGUUCAUCUAAUCAAAUAUCAACAACAAUUAUACCUUCUAGUCAUAUACAUCAAAAUAACUCAUAUCGUGGUAAACGACGUCAAGUUUCUAAUCCAUUAGAAGAACAUAAUAAAUUGAAUAAUGAAAAUGAUUUUAUACAAACUCCAUCGAAAAAUCGACGUCGUUCAAGUUUCAAUUCACAAAAAUGUUUAACCAAUAAACAAUUUACAGAAUCAAUAACUAAUAAUAAUGAUAAUAGUUCAGUUGUUCCAAUGAUAACUACAACAAUGUCAACAGUGAAUUCAUCUCCAAGAUUGUGUUAUUCAUCUUCUUCUCCAAAUAUUUCAUUUGAUCAGUCUACAAUUAAUAUUCAUGUUGAUAAAUUAAAGGAAUCUGAUCAAUGUACAAUUAAUAGUGAACAAAAUGCAGAAACAUUUAAUAAAACAUUAAAUGAUAUUACAAAAUCAUCAUCAUCUUUAUCGCCUUCCUGUUCAUCAUUUACUUCGUUGUCGUCGUCAUCAUCCUCUUCAUCAUCAUCGUCAUCAUCAUCUGCAUUAACUAUAGAUUCAUCAAUAAAUCCUUCCACAUGUUUAUCUGAUAAAUUAUGGUCCAAUACAAAAUCAACAGUAAUACAUAAUAUUACAAAUGUUGAUAAAUUAAAACAAUUAAGAAUUGAUAUUCAAGAUUCAAGAUAUGAAGAUGAUGAAAAUCAGAAAGAGGUAAAUUCAUUUGUAGUCCCCAGUGUCCUAUCACCUUAUUCUCCAAUUCAACCAACACCUCCAUGUUCUCCAAAUUUCUCAUCCUCUACAUCUUUAUCACCUUCAUCAACUAUUACACUUCCUCAGAAUGGAUCUAAAAGUUUCAAAAGUCAACCACAACAUCAACAAUCUACUUCAAUGACGAAUUCAUGUUAUAAUAGAGAUGAAACUUCAGGAGGAUGGAUCAAUAAUCGACCACCUACACCAGAUAUUCGGCGUAGUGAAUUGGAUUUAGCAGAUUUAUCCGAUGGGACAAGAGUGUUAGUUAUACAAGAUACUUAUCUACGUGCUGGUACUUUAUAUUUAGGAAAAGAUAGUUCUUCAUUGAUCAAUCGAAUGAGUCUUAAUAAUGAUUAUCUACGUGAUCAAGUAUUUCGUAUACAUUUAGAUACUGAGAAAUUUACUGGUUCAACUAAUUCACGUAUUAAUAAUUAUAAUCGUUUUAUAACACCACCACCAUCUAAUCAUGUGAAUAAUCAAGUUGUAUCAUAUUCAACUUAUCGACAAUUAUCUUCUUCAUCAUCAUCUUCAUCAUCAUCAGCAUCAUCGUCUUCAAGUAAUAAUAGUUGUAGAUUGUUUAGUAAAAAUAGAAGACGUCAAAUGGAUUUGUUAUUGUAUGGAUGGCAAGUAGUACAACAGGCGGUUUUAGAAGUCUUUCCUGCUUCAAUACGACAUGUCCCACCUGGAACACGUGUUUGUGCUGCAUGGAGUGAACAACUGGGUGUUAAUCUUUAUCCAGGAACUGUCGUAAAAGCUGAUCCAGAUGAACAACAACAUAUCAACAAUGAUUGUGUUCCAGUUGAUUUUGAUGAUGGAGAUCAUAGACAAGUACCAUUAACUGAUCUGCGUAUUCUACCGGAUUAUUUUACAAAUCUAUGUGAAUUAAUUAAUAUUACUGGUGAAAAUAAUAUAAAUUGUUUAACUCCUUGUCUUAUCUCAUCGGAUUAUUUGUCAUUACGUCAUGAUAGUAAUAUUAAUAAUAAUAAUAAUAAUAAUAAUAAUAAUAAUAAUAAUAAUAAUAAUAAUAAUAAUAAUAAUAAUAAUAAUAAUGGAAAAGACAAUGGUAAAUUUGUGUCACGUAUACGUCGUCAUAGUGAUCUGGAUCAUAACACAUCUAGAUCAUAUCAUUCAUGGUCUCAAUCAACAUCCCCACUUCAUGAUACUAUGUCUUUGUGUUCACCACGAAUGAACACGAACCUAAUGUUAAACUCAAAGUUUUUCUUUACUGAAAAGAAUUCAAACAAAAUAACUCAUCAUAUCAAAAGUAAUCGAACUCGGAAGAAUUCUCAAUUGUCUUCAUCCAGUUCAAAUAGAACAAUGGAGUGUACUGUAAAUUCAUUGAUAUCACCUACACAUACAACAUCAACGAGUGCUACAUCAGUCAUGUCAUUAAGAUCACCGUCACCACCUCCAUCAUUACAAACACCAGUAACAAUAGCUGGUUUUAAUCAUAUUUCAAAUGAUAAGUACAUGAGUGAAUGUUCUAACAAUAUUAAUAAUAAUAAUACUGAUAAUCAUAAUGAUAUUAUUGAUACAUUGGAAAAGGUGAUUUAUCCAUUGAAUAAUCAUCUAUCUGAUGAAUUUACUGCGGAUAAUAUUUCCAUUUCAAGCACAAUUACAACAACUGAUAGUUCAAAUGAAUGUUUAUCCUGGCAAGUGUAUGAAAAGUUUAAACGUCGGAAACAAGGCUGUAUAUAUUGUCGUUCAAUCAUACGUGAUGUAGAUGGUUUAAUUGUGAAAGUUGGUGAUUGUGUACAAUUUGGCUCUGGGCGCAAUGAAAUAUAUCUUGGUGAAGUUAAAGAAAUACGUUGGGAGCAAAAAAGGAAUUCAAUAAUUGUUGUCGCUGCAUGGUACUAUCAACCUCUUGAAGCCGGAAAAGAUGGACAAUUAGUACAGGAUAUUAAAGGUGCUCUAUUUACAACGGAACAUAAAGAUGAGAACGAAGCCAAAUGCAUCAAGCGACGUAUCAAAAUAGCUAAAUCAUAUGGUCAAUUUAUACAAGGAUAUUAUGAAAAACCUAAAGGAAAAGACCAUUUAAAGUCAAGUCAAACACAAUCAGACAAGAACAUGAAAGAACUUACGCCUAAUAAAGACACUGAACAGAUCAAUCUUAAAAUUCGUGAAUCAUUGACGUCAUCAUCACUAGCAUCAACGAGUCACAGUAUCAAAUAUCCUUCAGUCAAUGAAAAUGAUACUAAUCAACCUCCUAAACUCCAGAUUACGCCAAACAAUAAUGAUAAUAACAAUGAAAUUAGUUCAGAUGAUAAUGAAGAAGAAGACGACGAUGUUGACGAUGAUAAUAACUCUAAUUCCUAUCAUUAUUUUAUUGCUGGUAAAUAUGACCCAGUCAGACAACAAGUACUUACAUGGGAUACAGAAUUAGCUAAAAUACUUAACCUCAAAGCACACAAAAAUAGAUGA